CAAUAAAAACCAUGGUGGCUUCACAUGUUCUCGUGAAGUUUCAGUGUUUCAUCUUCUUAUUACAAUGGCUCCAAGUAACAUCUGCAGAAACACCGCCAAAUGCUUACCGGCCAAUAACCAAACCUGGUUGUCAAGAUCGUUGUGGGAACGUCAGCAUACCUUACCCAUUCGGUAUUGGUGAAGGUUGUUUCAUAGGCGACUACUUCGGUUUAACAUGCAGCAAUGAUACUUUCUAUUUCAGCAAGCCCAUGACUGGUACCUUUACUAUCUCAGACAUAUCAAUAAGUGAUGGUGAAUUCACAACCGGUGUCAUCUUAGCCACGGAUUGUUCCGAUAAGAAAAUCAAAACCUAUACUGCAAGUGCCCAUUUAAACAAAUUCACCUUUUCUAAUACAAAAAACAAGUUCAUAGCUAUCGGUUGCGACACCUGGGCAUAUCUAGGACGAGGCGAUAAAGGAAAUAUCGGUACAGGAUGUAUGUCAGUCUGUAAAACGAUGAAUGAUAUCACUACUGAUGGGUCCUGCUCUGGUAUUGGUUGUUGUAAGGCCUCCAUUCCAUCUGGACUAAGUCUGUAUAACGCCUCGGUUAGAAGCAUGGACGAAACCCGUAUGAAUUUGACUUUCAACCCAUGUAGUUAUGCAUUUUUAGUUAAAGAAAGUUGGUUUCAGUUUAAUUCGUCAUAUCUAAAAGAUUUCCAAGAUAAUGGGGCCAUACAGGUUCCGGUGGUGGUCGAUUGGACUAUUGGUUAUGCUGCAACAUGUAACGAAGCUAAAAGAAAUCAGACUAGCUAUGCAUGUGGUCUGAAUAGUGACUGCAUAACUAGUACAAAUGCUCCAGGUUAUCGUUGUAUAUGUAAAAAAGGAUAUGAAGGGAAUCCUUAUCUCAACAGUAGUACCGGUGGUGAAUGCCAAGAUAUUGAUGAAUGCAAUGCGAAACGAGAUCUUGACGAACGAUGUGAAAGUGAAAGAAAUAUAUGCAUUAAUACGGAAGGAGGGUACCGCUGUCCUUGCAAACAAGGAUUUGUUUCUCAAAACGAAAAAAAUGGCAUCUCGGAAUGCAUUCCUCGGCAGCGCAACUCUAACAAAACUGUAGUCGAUGUGUGCAUAGGUUUAAUAUUUCUGGUGGUGAUUCUUGUGGCUAGCUUUUGGUUGUCUUGGGGAUAUCGGAAAAGAAAGCACAUGCAAAUUAAGGAGGAGUUCUUCAAGCAAAAUGGCGGUUUGAUUUUAAAUCGGCUCCUAGAUGAACGAGAAGAAGAUAUCGAGUCUAGUAGAAAUGGAAGAGGAGGAAAAAAGCAUCGAUCAAUUGCUACAAUAUAUACCGAGAAGGAGCUAAGCAAGGCGACUAAUAACUAUCACGAUAGUAACAUUCUUGGACGAGGAGGGUUUGGCACGGUGUAUAAAGGAGUCUUAUCUAACGGAACAGUGGUUGCAAUUAAGAAGACAAAAAUUGUCGAUAGGAACCAAAAUGAGCAAUUCAUAAACGAAAUCGCCGUUUUGUCACAAAUUAAUCACAAAAAUGUGGUGCAGCUCUUGGGUUGUUGCCUGGAGAGCGAGGUUCCUCUGCUCGUUUAUGAAUUUGUUACUAACGGGACGCUUCACCAACAUUUACACGAAGGUCCUGAGAACCAAACUGGUUCUGCUACUCUCUCAUGGGAAAAUCGUUUAAGGAUAGCCUUAGAAGUUGCAGGAUCAUUAGCUUACUUGCACGCUGAAGCUUCCAUACCCAUAAUCCACAGAGACAUCAAGUCAAGUAAUGUACUUUUGGAUGAGGAUUACAAAGCAAAAGUUGCAGAUUUCGGUGCUUCAAGGCUAAAUCCUACGGAUCAAGCGCAGCUAAGCACGGUAGUUCAAGGUACAUUUGGGUAUUUAGACCCAGAAUACAUGCUGUCAAACCAACUAACAGUGAAAAGCGAUGUGUACAGCUUCGGUGUUUUACUAGUGGAAUUGCUUACAAGUAAAGCUGUAUUUUCUCCGGACAGAGCCGAAGAGGAAAGAAAUUUGGCAAAUUAUUUUCUUUCCUCUAUGAAAACCAACAGGUUGUUUGUGAUUCUCGAUGGUAAUUUGGCUAGGUAUGAUAAUGAACGGGUCAGUAGUGUAGAUGUGCACCAACAGAUCCAACAAAUGGCUGAACUCGCGCAAAAGUGCUUAAGAAUGAAGGGAGAGAAUAGACCUACAAUGAAAGAAGUAGCCAUGGCAUUACACGGAUUGAUGAUGAUAUCUUCUAGUCAACCUGGUGUCUUGGAUGAUGACUAUAUGUUUACAAACACAACCAAAGAAGAACGCAUGCUCUUGGCAGAAUCAGCAAAAUUGUUGUCUUACACUGAUAGCAUUACAACAAUAGGUGAUAGCAGCAUGGGGGUGUUGGCUUCACAAAAUGAGGGACGUUAAUGGAUAAUUCUGCUGCACAUUGAGUAGUACUGUAUCUUUUAUAUAUUUUUUUUUUUGCCGUGUUUAGCUUUCUAAAAGUUAUUUAGAGUUCUAGAUUGGAUGAUUUGAAUAAAGUUUUUGCUUUAAUUAAUAAACCCUCCUGGAGGUUUUGGUUCAUGUCCCCUCCAUGGAAUUUCCCUGUUAAUUUUCUACCAGUUCAAUAAAUUGGCUCCGUCAGCUGGAGUUUCAAAUUUA